AAUGCAUUGGCUGAGAUUUCACAGAAUUUACGAUGGGAUUUGAGAGAGGAGACCAGAGGAAGAGCUACCUCAGUCUCCAAACCCCAAUGGAAGUGGGAGAGCGCUAAUGCUCCCCUGACUGUGUGAUGUGAACAUGGAGAAAGUAGCCUCGGCAGAUUCCUUUCUCCCCAAGCCUCGUGUGCCACAGAGGGCCGAGCCCCAGACCCUCCAGCCUGGUACAGAAGACGACCAACCCUCCUCCAGCCCCAGACCCACCUCGUCCUCCCCAUACCCCCUCAGCCAGCUCCUGCUCCAGCAGCAACCCGGGCCCCCGGGAUCAGCCGUGCCGCCCGUGAAAUCCAAGGUCAAGGCCCUGUCUGAGCGCAACAAGACAGCCUUCAAGGGUGACAUGGAUAAGAAGGCCUCCCCUGUGCCCUCCUCCCUAUUCAGUCCCUCGCUUGUGAGCUGGGGCUCCAGCAGUAGCGAUGACGAUGCAGAGUCCCAGGGUUACACGUUCUCACCAGUUGUGCCUGACAGCCUGAUAGAGGGGGCAGGGAUGGCUGGGUUGGACUUCAGCCUGCUAGCACUCCCACGCGGCCUGGGCGAGGGCUCCAGCCYAGAGAACCUCUCUGUCGUUAGCGCCAACGCUAGUCCCCUGGAGGAUAACGUUAGUGCCGCUAAKGUGGCUAAACCCUGGGGCCAGCAGAGGAAGGCCAAGGGGCACAGCAGGGUGGGCAGGGAGCUGCUAUGCAGGGACAGCCUGGAGGGUCUGAGGCGGUGUAUGGGCGAGCUGGGGUCCCAGGGGGAAACGUUUGGCCUGUGGAGGGCCAACAGCCUGGAGAGUGUGUGCAGCAACCGGAUCUCCAUAUCUCUGGCAGAGAGGGUGGAGAUGAACCGGGGCCUCCUCAAGCAGAUACUGAAUAAGAGCCAGGGACCGGAGCCAGGGUCCAAAGAAAACCUGGAGAGAGAGCAGAAGGCAAAGGUGACCCCAUGCAAUGGAAGAGGUACAGUAAAGAGCUAAAGAUGCUGAGCCUGUAUUCUCCACCA